CGUUCUCACACUCGAAUUAAUAUUCAAAAAUUUUAACGGAUACAAUCAUGUCAAAAGAAGUAAUUAACUCUAAUGACAAAGAUACCGCAAAAAAUGAAAUAGGUAAUAUCACGGUAUUAGAUUGUGAUAAUAAUACCAGAAUAAAUAACUUGGAUAUUAAUAGUCAUAACGUAGUAAAUAAUCGAGGAGAAAAUAGUUGUGGUAAUAUCGAAAUAAAUAAUGGGGAUAGUGAUAUUUAUAUUAUAGUAAGAAAGUUGGAAGAAAGCAAGUUGGAAGAAGACACUACUACGCUCACAUCAGGUAGUUGGGAUGAUAGCAACGCCACAGUGAGAAAAUUGGAAGAAAGCAGUACCAAAGUCAUAAUGAGUGGUCCUAUAGGAUUGGAAGCGUAUAAUAAUUAUAGAAUAAGAAGUGUUUCCGAUAAAUACAGAUUUGGGAACAGAUUAAUAUAUAGAUGGAAUGAAGUGUACAAAUCGGAAGAAAAUCAGGUAGGUUGCUUUAAAUACGAAAAAAAAGGAUUUUUCUACAUCUCGUUGAUAUUCACUUCUUAGAUUAUCGAUAUCAUCCGUCUCCUAGCCUAUAACAAUAGUUAUAGAGUGCAUGGUUAUUGGAUAUGUCAUCAAUGGCAAUGUGGACACAGACCACAGAAAUGUCGAUCGAUAAGACAAUGUGAAGAUAUACAUAAAUUGCAAUUCUAUAGGAAUGGGUGCAAACACAACCCACAAUGCCAAGAUGAAAUCGAAUGUCGAAAAAAAUACUACGUAAGGCAAUGGCAACACGAAAACUUAUGUCAACGCGAAUGGCGAAAACAGUAUGACCAGGAAUUAUUCAAACAAUAUUUAGAAGAAAUUCCAAAAAGGUUCUAUUGGUUGGGUUUAUUCAUUCGGAUUUGCGAUGAACAUGGGGACGAUAGGGGAAACUUGAUUUCGAGUUUCUUAUUGUAUAACCCAAAAAAUUCAAAUGUA